CAAUUACAAAAACAUUCAAACGACUGAUAAUACUGUGGUGUUUGAAUGAACUAAUAAUACCUUUGUACUUGUUGAAUGCUCGAUUUCGAAUUCCAAAUACAAUACAUCCGUUUGUGCUUGUGUCUCAUUUCUUAAUUCAAUUGCGUUAUUUCUGGGACUCUUAGUUCAUACUACAAUUCAAAUAAUUCAAAACAUUAUAUUGGCGUCGCGAUGGAGCCUGUAAUGGAAAAGUUAGAUAUUCAUUCAGCUUCGGAAGCUUUUGAAGAUUACUUUGAAAGGUUCGAAAUCUGGGCUAUGACCAAGGAAGAUGAUGAGGAUGUUAAUAUUGUGGCACACUUCCUCACAUUCAUUGUAAAAGAAGCAUACAGCUUAUUAAGAAUUCUGACUAUGCCGGAAAAGCCUAUCUCGCUUCCUUAUACAACUCUCAAGGAACUGCUGCUAGACUAUGUUAAUUAUAAAAAUUUCGAAUGCGGUAAAGGAGGAAGAUCUCGUAAAAUGAUUCAUGAGGAUAUAAAAAAUUCCACUACAUUACUACGUCAUCCUGACCCAGUGCAUACUCAAGGUUAUGCAGAUAAUUCAUUGAGAUGCGAUGCAGUUCACGAGGAUGGGGACAAGUUUGGCCAGUGUUUGUCCUGUUGCAAGUUCCACUCUUCUAAUUCAUGUAAAUUUCGUAAUUCUAAGUGCUUUAAAUGCCGUGAUACUGGACAUAUUCAGUCAGUCUGUAAUACUACUGUUCAUCUGAUUGCAACUAAUAUUAAGACUUGUAAUUCUGAUUCUACUGAGUCGAGUAUUCAUGAUGAUCAUUUAUCUUUAUCAACGAUUUCAAAAGACAGUGUAGAGUCAUAUGGCAGUUCAGAGUUAAAUGAAAUCCAGAAUUCUUGUGAGACAACAGUCCCUAAUCAACCGAUUUAUCAGAAUUCUCAUGCUAUUGUACCAGAUAUGACUUUUCCUAAUGAUUCACAUAUAUCUAAUGAAAUUACUUGCAAUUCUGAGGAAAAUAUGUUAAAUGAACCUAAUCAUGAUCGAAAACCUGAUGUGGUUUGGUUAGAUGCUGAUUUUUCUAACGAUCCUACGCGCCGCAAUGACAGUCCUAAUGAAUUUCAUAAGAAUAUUUCAGAAGAAUCAAAUCCUGAUGUCAUAUCAUAUAUUACCUAUCCUCAUAAUGCAUUUGAUCCUUGUGGAAAACCUGCUCAAUGCGAAGCACGAGUACUAAGUGACCUCGAGUUUGAUUACAUUUUGGAUGAUUUCAUAUCAACUGCUGUUUACCCUUAUCACAAAAACAGUUCUAAUGUUUACUCUAAACAAUGUGAGAAAUAUGUUUUAAAUGAAGCCACAUUAUUCAUAACUUGGGGAUAUAAAGAUCCAACAUUAUUUCGUGGGAGAGGAUAGUGUUGAAAAAUCUAUGGUUUGAAUUCGAGAUAUUAAUGAUUUCAGUACAAAACCGACAUGCUGGUUGUAUACAAUUCCAGGUGAGUCUGUUCCGAUUUCGUUUGUUAAUUCCAAUACUAAUGAGCACAUUCUAGAUACUACAAAGUUUUUAUCUUAUGCAAUGUCGGACAGACUCAGGAUGAACCUAACAAGAAGAUGUACAACCGAUUACAAACACUUAUACUUCUAUUUAAGCUGUGGUGGAUGUGGUGUUUGAACGAACUAAUAAUACCUUUGUACCUGUUGAAUGCUCGAUUUCGAAUUCCAAAUACAAUACAUUCGUUUGUG